UGAUAGAGUGGAUCAUAAUGCCCGAAAGUAACUCUUAUAAAAACUCAGCCAAGAUUGAAAAAAAAGGUUCCAACAAUUCUUGGAAGAACGAUCUUACGGAGGCUUGCAAGAACGAUCAAGAAGCCAAGAAACAUGUUUCAGAACAAGAAACUUGUUCUUCUUCUUCUUCUCGUUCUUCGUCUUCCUCAUCAUCACGUUGUAUUCAUUACAACGAGAUAAGACUUGAGUUCUUGAUCGCCCCAACAACCAUCAUCAUCAUCUAAAGCCCAAAAACAAAGUUGCGGAUCGUCUAAAAAAAUAUGGCAGGAGGAGCUUUUAUAGGCGAUAGUGGCCAUGGAUGAGACUACAAAGAAGGCCGUGUAACCGCCUUUGUCGUGAUUACCUGCAUUGUAGCUGCAAUGGGUGGUCUUCUCUUCGGUUACGACAUUGGUAUCUCAGGAGGAGUGACAUCAAUGGAGGAGUUUCUAAGGAGAUUCUUCCCUGACGUGCUUCGUCAAAUGCGGAAACAAACAGGGCGUGAAACAGAGUACUGCAAAUACGACAAUGAGCUUCUAACUCUCUUCACCUCUUCUCUUUACCUUGCUGCAUUAUUUGCAUCUUUCCUUGCUUCAACUAUCACAAGGCUUUUUGGACGGAAGGUGUCGAUGACGAUCGGGAGUCUCACUUUUCUCGCCGGAGCUCUUCUCAAUGGUUUCGCUAUCAACCUCGAGAUGUUAAUCAUCGGGAGGUUAUUUCUCGGUGUAGGUGUCGGAUUCACUAACCAAUCUGUUCCUCUUUACCUCUCUGAGAUGGCUCCUGCUAAGAUUAGAGGAGCUCUCAACAAUUUUUUCCAAUUAGCAAUCACGAUUGGGAUCUUAGCAGCGAACCUUGUCAACUACGCAACCCCAAAGCUCAAGAACGGGAUCGGGUGGAGACUCUCUCUCGGUUUAGCUGGUGUUCCUGCAGUUAUGAUGCUUUUCGGAUGCCUUUUCUUGCCAGACACGCCAAACUCAAUCCUUGUACGUGGGAAAAAAGAAAAGGCCAAGGAGAUGCUUCAGAAGAUCAGAGGAACCAUGGAGGUGGAGCAUGAGUUUAAUGAUCUUUGCAACGCGAGUGAGUCGGCCAAGAGAGUUAAGCACCCAUGGACGAACAUAAUGCAAGCUGGUUAUCGACCACAGCUAACGUUAUGUACCUUCAUCCCGUUCUUCCAGCAGCUAACCGGGAUCAACGUCAUUAUGUUCUACGCACCUGUUCUGUUUAAGACCAUCGGUUUCGGAAGUGACGCCUCUCUUAUAUCCGCGGUCAUCACCGGUCUCGUCAAUGUCCUUUCCACCAUUGUCUCCAUCUACUCCGUCGACAGAUUCGGACGCAGAGUUUUGUUUUUUGAAGGCGGUAUUCAGAUGAUGUUGACGCAGGUCGCGGUUGGGUCGAUGAUCGGAUGGAGAUUUGGACUUAACGGGGAAGGAACGUUAUCAAAGAUUGAUGCGGAUAUAAUCUUGGCAUUGAUCUGCAUCUACGUGGCCGGUUUCGCGUGGUCGUGGGGACCCUUGGGGUGGUUAGUGCCUAGUGAGAUAUGUCCAUUGGAGAUUAGGUCGGCAGGACAAUCGUUAAACGUCUCGGUGAACAUGUUCUUCACUUUCUUCAUUGGACAAUUCUUUUUGACGAUGCUUUGCCACAUGAAGUUUGGUCUGUUCUUCUUCUUCGCAGUCAUGGUCGUGAUCAUGACCAUUUUCAUUUACUUGUUGUUGCCGGAGACAAAAGGAGUCCCAAUUGAGGAGAUGGAGAAAGUGUGGAAAGAACAUAGAUACUGGGGGAAGUAUAGUCAUAAUGAUGAUGAUGGCGAUGAUGGCGAUGAUGAUGCUCAUGUUUUUUAGUUGAUGAGCUUUUGGUCAAGAUUUUUGGAAUUUAAAGAUGUGGUAGGAUUUUAAAAAACUUCUUGAUGACAAAACGCUUAUUGGAUUGUAAUGUAGCUAUUGGUACUCCCACAGCCUUUGUGUUGGAUUGGGUUUCAAGUUUAAAGGUACACCCUGACCAUUUUUUAAUGAAAAUGCCGACAUGAGGACACGUCGCUCAUGAUUGUAUAUUUUGCAUUGUA